ACUACUCUCUUCUUUCAUUAUUAACUCACAUUUCAGUUUUGCUCUGUAAUAAUUUCUUCACAACUGAAACCACUUGAAAACCUCUGGAAACCACUUGAAUCCCUUUCGAAACCCAUUUGAAACCCUUAUGAAACUCAUUUGAAACCAACCCAAAAAGACCAUUUCUUUGAGCAUUUUCAACAAAUUCUCAAAUUUUUUGUUGAAUUUAGGUAAAUUGGUAAAAUUCCUAUAUGGCUACUCAUCUCACUCAUAGUUCAAGUGCACCACCACAGUUUUACUUUGAUGAAAAAUGGAAGCUAUCCAAAAAAGAAGGGUCAUCAAGAAGUACAAGAUCUUCAAUUUCUCCACUCAUGAAAAGCUCAUCAUCAACAUCUCAAAGAAGGUGUUCUUUCACAAGAAAAUGUGCAAGAUUAGUUAAAGAACAAAGAGCUAGAUUUUAUAUCAUGAGGAGGUGUGUCACUAUGCUCAUUUGUUGGAGAGAUUAUAGUGAUUCUUGAAAAUAAAAACCACCCAAAAAAAAGUUUAAAAAAUAUUGAAUCUUGAAACUAUAAAUAGUUUUCUUGAUUUUCUUUUUCUUGGGUGAUUUUGCUUUCAAGAAAGCAAAUUUCUAGGCAUUUUCUUGGAAUCUAAGGAGGAAGAAGAAGAGAUUAAUACACAUGUAUAUAAAAUAGUUUGAUAGACUAUAGUUUUUUUAUUUUUAUUUUUUACAUUUUGAAGUUGUAUUUUGUUUUUGUUUUCUUGGGCUAGAUUUUUUGGGAUCUUGUUUAAGUAAUGAAACUGUUAUGAAUUAUGAUAAAUAUAGAGAGAUUUUGAUGUUGAUCCAA